CAGGGGCAGGGUUUUUAUUUAAAGUCCCAUACAAGUCAAUAGGAAAUAUAUGUUACUGCAUAACUUCCAAACGGCUGGAGAUAUUUCGAUAAUACUUGGUCACAUGUUACUUAUAUGUAUACGAGUAAGCAGCUUUAAUGGAGACGCCGGCUCAACGUGGCGCUGGACACAGACCAAGCAGGACAGCAGAGACUUUCACUGAGGAGCCGCUUCCUGGAGACUGUCACCAACAACAAUGUCUGGAUGAGAAACACAAAGAAGAGAACUACAGCUGCCAGCACUGAGGACGCCACAAGCCCUGCACCCUCUUCACAGCGUCUCAGCAUUAUCUGAAGAUACAGAAAUGCCUAACAGAAGACCUGCCUCCAGCAUCCGGUCUGAUAACAGCGACAUGGACCUAGAAGGAAUGGCGGACAGUGAGCUAGCCAAACUGCAACGUAUGUUUCGCCUGAAGGAAGGACAGCGCCAGGCAACCACCAUUGGGAAACAGGAGCAAAUCAGGAGGCAACAAGCAGAGAUGAGCGCACUAGAAAGAGAGAGGGAUGAACUACUGAAGGAUUUGAGGAUAUCGGAAAGUCGAAGAAACCAGUCCCGUGACCAGGACCAUCAGGAAAAGUUGCAUAUCUUGCUAGAACAGAAGGAUGAGUUGGAUGAACAGCUGAUCUACGAAAAGCAAACAAUUGCUGAUCUGGAUCAAGAGAUAAAAUCCUGGGAAAAGAAAAUUUACAAUCAGAGGAAACAAGUAAGAGGAUCAUCAGGAUCUGCAAAGCAGAACACACAGACUCAAAAAAAUAUUAAGGUGAUGGAGAAUCGCUUGGACCGGUCUCUUACCAAAUUUAAUCUGCAACUGGCAAAAAAUUCCAAGAUGAGGGAAGAGAUUGACAUACUGAGAAUUGAACGCUCUCGCUUUGACCAACUGUAUAAAAGACUUGAAAAGGAACUGCUUCAAACCCGAAAGGAAAGUGGGAGUGUGAUUGAUGAGUCCUCCGCAGCUUACGAUGCUAGAGACGAAGCCCAGACUAAAAUGCUACAAAUGAGGGAAAGAGCUGAAAAGGACCUGAACCAGCACACGGCAGAGAUUAAAGAGCUUCAGCGUGUUAUUGAUCACGAUCGCAGGCUAAAGGAGUUUAUGGGAACUAAGACUCAGGAACGCUCAAUCAGUGAAGAAGUGCUUGAUGCCCGACGCAGGAGAGAAAAAGAAGAGCAAGAACGAAAAAAGAGAGAUCCAACAGAAGAUACCAUUGAGACCUAUGAACAAGCUUUCCAGCAAAUCCAGUCAGUCACUGGUGAAGACAACCUUGACAUACUAGUCAACAGGUUCAUUGAAGUGGAGGAUCGCAACUUCGCUUUGUUCAAUUAUGUCAAUGAGCAGAACAAUGAAAUUGAGAGGCUGACUGAGCAGAUCACGGAGAUCAAAAGAGAAAUUGAAGAAUUCAAAGCCCAGGGAGUACGACUUGAGCAGGAGCAUCGGUCAAUCCUUAAGAAUAUUGAAGGCAAACAAGAAGAGGCUGUAAAACAAGCAGAUGGCUACCAACAGCAACUGAAAGGAGUCAUGAAAAUUUUAGAUCAGCUGAAAUCAGGAAUUGAUUCUUUGUUCAAGAAGAUAAAUUGCGACCGCUCUGUCCUGGACGAAAUGUUGGGCUCUUCAUCAAGCAUUCGGGAGGCAAACAUAAUGCAGUAUCUUGGACUCAUUGAGCAGAAAACGAACGAGCUUCUAGCAGCUCAGUCCUUCCUCGACUCCAAGAACUAUGACAAACCAUAUGACCCACAACAAACAGCUCGAGUCCUCCUGGGACAGUUGGUUGACCUGCACCCACCAGUCUUGGAGAUUCAACCACCUGGCACAGGAGAUGAGUAUGACAGCGAUAGUGACUCCCCAACAGCAGAUGAAGAGGAGAGGCCCCUGACUCAGGCAGAACUGCGGGAAAGAAUAAUGAAAGGGGUUUUGAAAAAAGAAGUGAAAGCUCGCAAGAAAGGAUUUCCAAGUGAAAGUUCCCUUACCAAGAUGACAACAAAGAAAUGAGAACAACUCAAGCAAUAUCUGGGAAACUGCAUAAGGCUAUGCAAGCAGUCCAUUCUCUACACCAGCAGAAGUAUAUGUUGGGAAGAUUUCCCAACAUAUAUCUCUGAAGGCCUCAAUGUAUGCCACUGUAUAGGCAUACAGUUGCAUAUUUUGCCCAUUCUACCAUUGUAGAAAAGAAAAAAAAACAUAAACCACACUGUACAUGCUUUUCUGCAGUGGCCCUCUGUGUAACAAAAUUCCAUCUGCUCCACUUUCUUAUACAGUUGCAAAUUAAGUUUUCUGACAAAAAUACCUGACGGAUGCAAAAAGGCAGUUUUUCUGGCCUUAGUCAUGUAAAUGGUUGGAUCAUUUGGACUAGGUACGUAUAUGGCAGGAGAUUUUCCUUGCAUAUACACAAAACAGAAGACUUAUGUGCUUAGAGUCUGAGCAAGUUGAGAGGCAGGACGUCUAAUCUGUUUCUCUUUCAUAUUAUCUGCAGGUUUUAUAGGACUAUUGCAUUAUUGAAAAAAUUUAUUACAAAUAAAAGCCAAAUAUUAUAAAAGUAUGCAGCAUCUUUGUACACUAAA